AUGGGCAAUCGCAGAGACCCCAUCAAGAUGAAAACACACAGGAGCGGAAUGCUCCCUAACAAAAAUUCGAUCCUCACAAAGGAGCAACGAGUAGCACACAUACUCCUAAAGGAAGGGAUAAACUACGUCGAAAAUGGAAACGUAGGAACAAUAAAAAAUGAUGAGUAUGUGAGGACUUUGCUUUUUGAUUAUGAGAAUUACGACGUGUCUGAGGAAGAUGAGGAAAGCCACCACAAAUUGUUCAGAUUUCAUCUCAGAAGAAAUGGAAGGGAGAAAUAUCACACAAGAGGAAAGUGCACUUCCUGUAGAAAUGUAUACUCCAAGGGGAGACAGAGGAACAGAACGAACAUGUGUACUCUGUUUCCCCAUAAACACAACCAUGGUAAUCAAAGAGAAGGAAUUAUAAUAAAUGAUAUUGUAAUCACUCCACUUGGAGGAUCCUACGAUAGAAUCAUUUGUAAACGGAGAUUUAUCGACAAACGAACAAUAUGUAAGGUAAAGAGAGUGAAUAAGAAGACAUCUUACGGUUAUCACAUUCCGGGAAAAGCUUCACUGAAGGUGGACAAGAGGAGUAUAUCUGUCAUAAAUCCAAGGGGAGGAAUUAGUGAAUUAUCAAACGGGAAUCGAUGCAACCCACCCAUUGGAAAUACAGAUGGACCAGUCAUGAAAACCACUACCCAUUCAGAAUGGGAGGAUUUCAUCCACGUGGGAAGAAAAACGGAGGAUCUCAAGUCGAGUAAAAGAAGAACUCAUUUUUCCCUCUUAAAAAAGAGGACAAUAGAUAAUCAUAAAAAAGAACCUCUCCCCAUAGGAGAAGUGAAAAACGAAUUUGUGAAAAUUCAAUUUAACGAACUAAAUUCGAUCUGUGUGGUGAGAGAAGACUUGUGUACCCGCCUUGGAGUAGACAGUCUCCUUAGUGACAACACACAGAAAGCAUUCUCCUGUGCGCAUAACGUUUCUACGCCUUUUUACGACAACAGUUGUAUGUCAUGCGUUGAACUGGACAAGCAGGAGAAAUGUGCAGAUAAUGCAGUGACCAAGGGCUAUGGAAGGGAAGAGGGGAAAUGUCCAAGGGAGGAAAGACAAUCCGAUGGGUUCCCAUCGAGGAGGGAUAAAAUAGAAGUCUCCGCAAGUGAAGAAAAACGAAGGAAGAAAUUGUCGAGAGAAUCAAAUCGAAAGAAAGCUCAUCAUGUGGAUCGUCCACCCCAGGCAAAUUCGACUGUUCCAAAAGACGGCAUGUGCCACAGCGCAAAUGCACUCUUCUGUAGAUCCAGGAGCAGAGACUUGUUCAACGAGCGCAAUAACGAAAUAAUGGUGAAUGAGCAGGGUGGAGAUGAUGAUCAACGACGGGGUGAAUUGAGAAGAGAAAGCAUCGCCACGAGGAGGCCCUCCGUGGACAUCUCCUUCGAUAGCGACUUGAGGGCAGUCCAAAUUACUAUGCCCGAUUUGAGAUCCCACGCUUUUCAGGCGGGUACCGUGGUGAGCAAGGGAAACUCUGGGGGGAAGCGGCAUGAGCGUGGCUCCAGGACGGAGCAGAAAGUGAAGCAGAUGGAACAGUCAAAGGAAUUGAAUGUGGGAGAGGCAGACCUACUGAACCAGGAGAAAUCCACUCCCAGUGCAGGAAAAAUGAAGGUAAAUCUGAACGAACUAACGAACAGAGAGAAGCGACGCGAUAUGGAAAAUGCGUACGUGAAGUACAUUUACAAACGACAGGAAUCAGACGAAGUCCCCGCAGAGAAGCGAAACAGAUAUGUUACCUUCGGAAGAGAAGAAAAAGACGCAUUAAAAAUUGAGAGGACAUCGGAGAGAAGAAAAAACGGAGGAAGGAACUACAAAGACCAACUGAGCAGUUUAAUGAACCUAAGACAUGCACAGUUUGAUGGUAAUGUUCACGGAUUUGGAGAAACUCUAAAAUUCAUGAAAUACAGAGAGCUACUGAGAAAGUACAUGGGCACCUUCUACAACUACAGUUCAGUGAAAUGCGCAACGUACAUCAUCCUCUAUGCCCUAAUAAUCAAAAUAAUAACUCAGGUAUCGAAAAAUCUAACCACAUCUAGUGGUACCCUCUCUAGUGAAAAAUCGAAUAAUAUAAACGUUGUCUGGUACAAUGACUCUAACUUAUUUUUGAAUGUACACGAUAUGGAUGGAAUCAUUCAAUCCAUCUGUUAUGUUUCUCUGUUGGUUUGUAUUUUCCUCCUUUUAAAAUUGGGUAUCCCAUCAAAUUAUUUGCUAGCAGGGAGACUAACCAUUUUAUUUAUGCUCCUUUUCUUUGCUCAAAUUCCUAUCCUCAUCUAUGCGAAUUUUAUGGUCCUGAAAAAAGAGGAAGGGAUAGCCAAAGCACAAGCAAAGGUGUUCGAUAAAAAGGAUUACUUUAAUCUCCACAUGCAGAGGGUAUACGAUGUGUUCUACAUUGACACACUGAACUUACUAGUUUACACCAUUCUGUUGACUCUGGUUUCUUUGUAUGCCACUUACCAUAAGUUGAUUUAUCCCCAUCUGCUCAAAUUCUAUUUGGAUACCAUUUUUUUGAGCUCCUACACUAUUGUGAAGAAGGAAGUUAUUCAGUUCAGGGUGCCAAACAAUAUCGAUGCCUACUACCUCAAUCAGAUGAACAGUUACAUGUUUAAUUCUCUUUAUAAGAAGCAGGACGACUUUACGCAGGAUAAUUUGGAAAGCAACACGAGGAGUGCCAUUGGCUACAACAUUGUCAUUAGGAAGGAGAGAUGUUCCCUUUUCAGGCAUCUGUUCAGGCGGGAUGAUUCCAACUCGGUGCAAGACAAGGGGGAUCAUGCCAAGGUGAUAGGUGCACCAAGUGGCAUAAGUGCUCAAAGAACUAAAAGGACUCAAAGUGCUCAUAGUACUGAAAGCGGUGAAACUGUUAAACGUACAUGCGGGUGGCAAGGAACCACUCAUGCACAUACGCGAAACCAGUGGAACAUGAACUUUUACAUAAUCUUCUACAUCGGAGAGUUGGACGAACAGGGAAGACCGCACGGGUUCGGCUACUGGCGGGGGAUCAACUUGGAGGGGGAAGUGCUCAUUGGGUACUGGUUCCACGGUAUUCCUGUGGGCCCCUUCAAGUGCCGCGACUUCAAGACGGGAUCUGGGUUCAUGUGCAUAAAGAUUGGCUAUGGACGCACUAACUGCGAACCAAACGAUUUGGACAUAGGUCUGGCGGACACGGAGUGUUGUGUAAGCGGAGCCUUCUACAGAACCUUUCCCCGGGUAGUUUUCUACGACCUGAACUUAACAAGCCCCAACCAAAGGAGAAAAAACAAUGAUCAAGGCAAACACGGUAUUAUGGAAAAGAAGGAAUGCUCUGAGUACCUACACAUCAGAAGAGCUAGCAACGACAUACUGCGCGUUGACUACGCCAAGCUUCUACAAGACAGUGAGGAUGAUGGAGAAGGAAAAGCCGAUGACGUCGAGCCAGAUGAAGAGAAAAAAAUUGGCCACCAUAACGAUAUGGAUGAGAUGUAUUCGGAGAGUCUAAGGAGGAGAAGAAGAACAAUGGAAAGAUUACGAAAAAAAGAAACAGAAGUAAUAGAAGAGAAAAAAGGAAGAAGGUUUAUCAGUACCUCCAGUAAAGAGAACCAUAGAGAAAGAUCCAACAACAGAUCGUCCAUCAUGUACGAUGAGGCCCCCCCUUCCAUCGUUAACGAUGAACCAUUUCUAAAAGGAGAGUUACUAAAUUAUGAUGACAUUUGCAAUCUGAGCUACGAUCUUAACGAUCUGACUUUGGAUAAUGAAACUCAUUCCGUGAUGAAUAAGAAAAUAGACACAAGCAAUGGAUUGACAGAAGAGGAAAAUGACCAACUAGAGGAGGAGAAACAAUCACAACAAGCACACCCACAGAAGGGAUGGAGAGUUGUGCAGAGCGCCAUUGAUAAAUCUUCCACUUUUCCGGAGAAAAACUUUUCCCGUAAUUCAUCACCAUUAUUUCCCUUGUCUUUUCCUUCUUCUCCCUCUUUGCGUCAUCCUCCUUCUUCAUCAUGUUCAUCCACUUCAUCUUCUUCUUCUUCUUCCGCCUCUUCUUCUACUUCCCCUCCUGAUCUCUUCGAUGCGAAGGAAAUGCCAACCUUGAUGGAUGAAGGUGAUACGCAUAUCACUGACAUCGAGCAGGGUUGGCGCGCCGAAAUGGGUGCAACCAAAGUGAGAGAAGGGAGACACCUUGAACAUAAAUCUGGAAGACCAGUUAAGUAUGUCACAGAGUUAGAUGAACACACACAGAUACAAAAGAAGCAUAAGCAUAGGAGAAAGAAAAAAAAGAUGUCAUGUAAAAAAAUGGACAAGGGUAAAGGAAGUAGGGAAAAGUACUACCACAUAUCGGAAGAGGAGAAACGGUCUCGCAGAUGGAACAAUCAUUCUCGGAACGAUAGCUCCCCUGACUUUGAAUUGGAGAAAGGGGAUCAGGUUCAUAUCCGACCAAGGAGGAAGUGCCAGGACAUGCGGAUGGAGCACGGGUUUGCGAGGCAAGGAGGUGAUAUAGACGAAACGCACAAUAGGUAUGAUAAGCGUGAAGGCACUGAUUACGAUGCUACACACGGUGAUGACAUAGCACAGACCGGGGGAAAAGAACGAGGGAUCACGCGUCACCAGUCGAAUGUAGCAAAGACGUCAAGGAUAAGAAGGAAGAGCCUGGCAGAACACGAAUUAGCUAUCGCAUCUGGGAAGUUAAGUUCGGAGCUCAAGGCGGGGGUGAAAAAGACACGCAGAGGGAGCCGGAAGACGGGGCAUAAAAGGGUGCAGAUGCACAUGGAAGACGGGGGGAAACGGAACAAAGUAGGAAACUCUGUGGAACCUUCCAUAGGGUCAGCAAUCCUAGACGCAACAAAGGAGAUAACAUCAACAAAGGAGGUAAGUACAACAAAGGAGGUAACUACAGCAAGGGAGGUAACUACAGCAAGGGAGGUAACUACAACAAGGGAUGUAACUACAACAAAGGAUGUAACUACAACAAAGGAGGUAACACCAACAAAGGAGGGAUAUAGAACCAAGGAAGGAGACGAGAACCAACCUAACGGAGAGAUCAACGGAGGGACCGAAGUGAAGAGGAAAAUCAAAAGGCACAUCGGAUACAGCAUGACGAACACCUUACUGCACCUAAGAAAAUUCAAACAAUUGAAGAUUAAAAAAAAAAAAAAAAAAAAAAACAUACAAACGAAAGAAAAGGGAAAGAACAAAACGAAAACAUAUAUAAAGAAAAGGAAUUCGGGGGCAAGGAGGACGUUCCUACCCAGGGCACUUUCAGGAACAUUGCCAAAAUUAAAAAUAAAAAAAAAUAAAAAAAAUAUUUUCUUUUCCGACACAAUAACAAAUGCAUAUAAAACAAAAUGCAUGAACAUAAUUCUACAGAACUUAUGUCCACACAUGCCCAACUUUGGCAUUCUAUACAACACUGAUUUGCAUAUAUCUAUUGAUGCCGAGAGGGGCCUUUACAUCACUGGUUACAUUAACAAAAAAAACUGCAACUUCAUUGAUGAUAAGACUAGAAAAAAUGAAUUCGAAGACAGCGAGGUAAAAAUAAAAAUUAUUAAGAGGAAGAAAAAUACACUUAACUAUAAGAAGGGGACAAACAAAAGACUGUACUCUUGGAUAGAUAACAUCAAGGAGCUCAGUUUAGACGGUUGGAUAAAAUGUGAACUGGCCGGUUGUCUAGAAGCGGUCAUUUUUAUCCAUGGCUAUAAUACCAAUCACCUCGAGGCUCUCCAAAUUCUGGGACAGAUGGCUUCCUUUGGCAACUUCCCUAAUUAUAUUAAGCUUUUCCUUUUCAACUGGCCCUCUGGAAAGAACUUUCUCGAAUUUUUCAUCGCCAAGGAUAACUCAAAGAACAAGAAGGGGCACCACGCGUUCAAGUGCUUCCUGGAUACGCUACGGAGUAACGGAAUCCGGCAUGUCCACAUCAUCACGCACAGUAUGGGCACCAGGAUGUUCCUGCUUGCCUUCCACGAUAUCGUAAAGAGCGACCUCUUCUCCACCAUCGACGAGAAAGAAACGGCGACAAAUAACCUCACCAAGAUGAAGCUCAUCACCCUCACCAUGAUGAACCCAGAGUACUACCUAAGUGACUUUGUAAACAAGGAGUACGUCUUCCUUCGCUCCUUCUGUACAGUAAUAUCCAUUUAUUGUGAUUCAAACGACAAGGCAUUAAGAUGGGCAGAAAUUUUCAGUGGAACCAAGUCCCUUGGAAAAAAUGUAUUCGAUUUAAACAUAUGCAAAAACAACUCUCAUAGCGGAUCGAAUGGACUGGACAACUAUAUCUUCGAUAGCAACAAGUUGGAUUACUUUUCCAUUCCAGUUAGAAACAAAACGAAUGAAAGUGAUGACAGUUGCCAGGGACCAAAAUUAGUUUCUUCCUUUUUUGACUGUGAAAAUUUCGAUGUAUCAAAUGAGCAAAUGAGAAACAAAGGAAUGAUGACUACCCUUGUACAGAAACUAAAAAAAGUUUUUCAUUUUUUUUAUAGAAAAAGGGGCAGAGUUGAUUCAAACGAAUUCAAUGAACAAAUAUCCAUACAGAACGAUCAGGGCAAAGCCAACAAAGAUAUGGCUCACCACAAGUUCGUUCAUCAGCCACCUAUGUUUAGGAAUACACUGCUCGUUUUUACGGGAAUAGAACCCAUUUACUGUUGUAGAGAUAAUCGUGAUUGGUUAGAUGUAGAUGUCAUUGAUACCACUUGGUUAGGAUCAAAUGUUCACACAUUGAGACACUCCUACUGGUCACUGAACAGAGAAAUUAUUGAAGACAUUCGAGAACUUAUUGUCACUAGGAAAAGGGCUAGGCAAAGGACAUCUAGAUUGGACCGCCGGGAGGGCAACGUCUGGGUUUAUAGAGUCGCCCCUUCUCACCUGAAGUCUAUAUUCGAUUCGGACAUAUAA